AUGGCAUCAACGGCAGAGCCAGCGAUGCGGGCGGCGUUUGCCACACUCUGCCGCCCAUGUUCGAGGUACAUGACUGCACAAUUGGCACAUCGGACUGCUUCAAGGCGCCUUUCUACAGCCCCCUCAAAGACCCCGAGGGCAGGGCCAAGCUCCUCCGCGCAGCACAAAUCCUCCUCGACGCCACUUACCUGCCAACACGAAGCUUCAAGAAGAUCUUCAUCUGCCGGGCCCAUCAAAAAGAGCUAUGCGAGCUACUCUUCUUCCGCCGCAGCCGCCCCGUCCAAGACCGAGACCAAACUGCUCAGUCAAGAUGACCUCUUUCAUCCCAUGUCCGAAUCUCCGAUCCCUAGCAUGCGCCAAAGGGCUGCCUAUAUCCGUCAGCACGCAUACUGCCCGCACCCAGACCACCGCAUGUCUCGCGUUACCCCCGAUGGCGAGGUGCAGCCUCCCGCAGAGAACGCAACGCAGUCCCCGGCCCAUGUCGACUUUGAGUGUCCGGACUGUGGUGUCCCGGUGUACUGCAGCAAGGAGCAUUGGAUGGAUCACUACGAAAAGCACUUGGAAAUCUGCGACGUGUUGAAACAGAUCAAUGAGGACGACCACGAUUUACGGUCUGGCCGCUUCUUCCCAGAGUUUCAAUAUGCCGGUCCACAGCUAGAGGAGGCCAUGGUCAACAUGGAGAGCUGGGAUACGUUCCUGUACACCCGAGCUUUCAACGCCAUCAACAGUGAUAGAGGAAUGCGUCAGGCGACGCGGCUUCUCACCUAUCCUGUGACCAUUGGCAGUGUGCUUCAUGAGCUAAGCCCCUACAACAUCCGCAAAGGUGGCCGUUUGACCACGGAAGGGUUGAAGAGUUUUAGUGCUCUGCGAUAUACCCUUCACCCACCCAGAUCUGGUGGUGACGGCUCCGUCAAGGGCCUGCGACCCGAGGCACCACCAGCAAGGAUAUUCGUGCUGGGCGCUCGUGCCGAGUCAUCGCUUCCCCGUGACGUGUGGGUUCAGCUGGCACAUCUUUUCCCACGCCAGAGGCUUCAUCUCAUCAUGAUCGGGCCGGAGAGCAUGCUCAACCGCGACGACGAGUUUCCGCUCCCUCCUCGCACCCCUAGCAACCCAUAUGGCGCCGUUGUCGAGGACCGCGUCUGGCCGACCAUGAAGAUUAGCACCAUAGUCGACUACUACCACAACAUCCACAGGACCGGUCACUUUGCCCCCUACGACCCGUACUUUGACUGCUUCGUCCUCUUCCACCCUGGUCUCGGUCACCCGGCCAGCGCGCACGAGUGGUCAGAAACCGUGCCCAUGUUGCUGGAGACGAAGGCUCCCAUCAUUGUGACGGGCUACACCCAGUUUGACAUGGAGCGCGAUAUCGCCUGGGUCAAUAAGACUGCAGCUGGGGAAUUUGACAUCCUGCUUGAGCCAGGCGAGAACAAGUUCCGCAGCUUGAGGUGGGAUUUGAAUGACCUCGAUCCCCAGGACGUCAGCUCUGGCAACUGGGGUGUUUGGGCUAUGCGUGGCAAAAGAUACGAGACAACCACGAAAGGGGUGGACGCGUAA